AAUAAUCGGAUAGAAAAUUAAUGCGCACAAAUUUUCUCUCCAUCUCAUCAUUUUCGCCCCCUCUACUGGCCCUUUGUUCUACAGCUAAACUUUAUUUCUGCAAAUUUUUGAAACUCGAAUUUUCUUUCAGCAAAUACUAGGGAACACUCCAUGGAUUCGGCGGCGGAGCGGCGGCUGAGUGCUAUUCAAGGUCAUCUGGUUUCGGCCGCCGACGAGGAUUCGUGCUCCUUGAUCCGUUCGAACCACACCUCCGGCGAAUAUUUUCACGAUCAAAGGUACAGUGUAGUUCUUCCUGAAAAAUUGCAGACUGGAAAAUGGGAUGUAUACAGAUCUGCACGCUCCCCUACGAAGCUUGUAACUAGAUUCCGGGAUCAUCCUGAUAUCUGCACACUGCAUGACAACUUUGUGCAUGCAAUUGAAACCUUUCAAGAUUACAAAUACUUGGGCACACGUAUUAGAGCAGAUGGAACCAUUGAAGAAUACAAAUGGAUGACAUAUGGAGAAGCUGGAUCAGCUAGGUCAGCAAUAGGUUCUGGACUUCGUUUUUGUGGACUAGAACCAGAAGCUCGUGUGGGAAUUUAUUUCAUAAAUAGGCCAGAAUGGCUCAUUGUGGACCAUGCCUGCUCAGCAUAUUCAUAUAUCUCAGUCCCCUUAUAUGACACUCUGGGUCCUGAUGCUGUUAAGUUUAUUGCCAACCAUGCUGGUAUAGAGGCCAUCUUUUGUGUACCCGAUACCAUGAAUACCGGUCGGAGCAAUAUUCAGCCAUUUUACCCCCCGAAGCCUGAAGACAUUGCUACCAUAUGCUACACGAGUGGUACAACAGGAACACCAAAGGGUGUUGUAUUAUCACAUGCAAACUUGAUAGCAAGUGUCGCAGGGUCGACCCUUGCAACCCAGUUCUAUCCUUCAGACAUAUACAUAUCUUAUCUUCCUCUGGCGCAUAUCUAUGAACGAGCUAACCAGAUUGCAUCAGCAUAUUUUGGUGUUGCUGUUGGCUUCUAUCAAGGGGACAAUCUAAAACUGAUGGAAGAUAUGGGUGUUCUGAGACCUACCAUAUUUAGCAGUGUCCCUCGCCUUUACAAUAGAAUAUAUGACGGGAUCACUCAUGCUGUGAAGACUUCUGGUCCACUAAGGGAAAGAUUAUUUAAUGCUGCCUACAACUCCAAAAAGCUAGCAAUCAUAAAUAGUAAAAGGCCAUCACCCAUUUGGGAUAAAUUAGUAUUCAAUAAGAUAAAGGACAAACUUGGAGGCCGGGUUCGUCUUAUGACUUCAGGUGCCUCCCCAUUAUCCCCUGAUGUCAUGGAGUUCUUAAGAGUAUGUUUUGGCUGUAGAGUUGCUGAAGGGUAUGGGAUGACUGAGACUUCGUGUGUUAUUAGCUCUAUGGAUGAUGGCGACACCUUAAUUGGCCAUGUUGGUUCUCCAAACCCUGCAUGCGGUAAGUUGCUCCCUUCCUGAAUUGGGAAAAGAAGUAACUUUUGUAUGACAAUGUUGCUCUACUGAGUACUGACAACUGUGAUAGAAAAAAUCUGAAAGGUAUGGUUACCUUUUUGAACAUUGAUUGGCUAUUUGAAAUAUAAGCCUUAUGCUAAACAAAUUUGGUUAAUGGAAACAAAUGCCUAUAACCUUU